UUCAUUGCAAUUUUCUCUUUAAUUUUCUUUUCCUCGUCAAUCAUUUAUAUAGAUUUCUCUGCAAAUUCCUAAAACUUCAGUUCCAUUUCAUUCUAGCUGAUCCAACAUUCUAAUUCCGCUGCUGAUUUUUCCUUUUCCUUUACUUUUUUUUUUCAUGAUCUAGUGUGGUUUCAGAACAAUGACGAGGGUAAGUAGGAAUUUUGGUGAUACUGUGCAAAAGGAAGCACGUCCAGCUGUAUCUGCUGAUGUAAUAUUUGCUUCAAGUCGUUUUCCCAAUUACAAAAUUGGGGCAAAUAAUCAGAUUGUGAAUGCCAAAGGAGAUCCUAAAGUUUUGUCUAUGAAGGAGGUUGUUGCUCGGGAGACCACAUUGUUGUUGGACCAGCAGAACCGUCUAUCUGUUCGUGACCUUGCUAAUAAGUUUGAGAAGGGGUUAGCUGCUGCUGCUAAGUUGUCUGAAGAGGCUAGACUUAGAGAGGCAGCUUCACUGGAGAAACAUGUCCUUUUGAAGAAGCUUAGGGAUGCCCUGGAAUCUUUAAAAGGGUGCGUCGCUGGAAGAAACAAGGAUGAUGUAGUGCAAGCUAUUGCCAUGGUGGAAGCUCUGGCAGUUCAACUUACUCAAAGAGAAGGAGAGUUGAUUCAAGAAAAGGCAGAAGUGAAGAAACUAGCAACUUUCCUGAAGCAGGCUUCGGAAGAUGCUAAGAAACUUGUCGAUAAUGAAAGAGCUUUUGCUCGUGCUGAAAUUGAGAAUGCUAGAGCAGCAGUUCAGAGAGUGGAAGAGGCCCUUCAGGAGCGAGAACAAAUGUCUCGAGCAUCAGGCAAACAGGAUCUGGAAGAAUUAAUGGAGGAGGUUCAAGAGGCUAGACGGAUCAAAAUGCUGCACCAACCAAGCAAGGUUAUGGAUAUGGAACAUGAGCUUCGUGCAUUAAGGAUUCAACUUGCAGAGAAGUCUAAGCAUUCUCUACUUCUUCUGAAAGAGCUGGCAAGAAGCAAGAGAGUUGGGGGAAAUUUAUCUAAUUUGUAUGAAUUAGAUGGUGCUGAAAUUUUAGGUUCAUAUUUGCGGAUUAAACCUUGUUCUGAUAUUUCUCCAGAGCUUUCCAAAUGCUCAAUUCAGUGGUACCGUAUUUCAUCUGAAGGUGGCAAAAAGGAGCUUAUAUCAGGUGCCAGCAAAUCAGUUUAUGCUCCGGAGCCUUUUGAUGUUGGUCGAAUCUUGCAGGUCGAGAUUAUUUAUGAUGGCGAGCUAAUCAUAUUAACAACUGCUGGUGCUAUUGAUCCAGCUGCUGGUUUGGGGAACUAUGUGGAGGCACUUGUGCGGAAACAUGAUGUUGAAUUCAAUGUAAUUGUUACCCAAAUGAAUGGUGAAGAUCAUCCAUCAGAAUCUAUUCAUGCACUACAUGUGGGAAAGAUGAGGAUGAAGUUAUGUAAAGGCAAUGCAAUACUCUCUAAAGAAUAUUAUUCCAGCUCAAUGCAGCUGUGUGGAGUUAGAGGGGGCGGAAAUGCAGCGGCACAAGCAUUGUUUUGGCAAGCAAAGAAAGAGUUUUCAGUUGUAUUGGCAUUUGAAUCGGAGAGAGAGAGGAAUGCUGCCAUUAUGCUUGGCAGGAGAUUUGCUUUUGACUGCAAUAUCAUGCUCGCCGGCCCUGAUGAUAGAGCUUCUUUAGAAACCUAAAUUGACUUGCUUAGGAUUCUGUUAUGCUAAUUAGUUGUAAUUAUGCCGGGGUUUUUUUCCAUCAUGCAUCAUUAAGUUUGUAACAGUAGGUCAUUACAUCAUUGUUUUUUUCCCUGUAUUUGGUUUCCACCCAUUCUUUUUUCCCUAUGUUUGCCUUUGCCUUCAGCAUUGUCUUCUCCCAACGCUAGGCAUUGCUUUGUUGUU